GCCGCGCCGCGCCUCGCCUCGCCUCGCCGCGCCGCGCCUCGCCGCCGCUUCCCCCUCAGACUAGUGUGUGAUGUUGGACAUGGGAGAUAGGAAGGAAGUGAAAAUGCUGCCGAAAUCCUCCUUUAGCAUAAACAGCCUGGUGCCCGAAGCCGUGCAGAGCGACAACAACCACGCCAGCCACGGCCACCACAACAACCACCACCCCCACCACCACCACCACCAUCACCACCACCACCACCCGCCGCCGCCGCCGCCGCCCCGAGCCGCCCCGGCCGAGGAGGAGGACGAGGACAAGAGCCAGCUCCUCCUGCAGCCCCCCGGGGCGGCGGCGGCGGCAGCGGCGGCCACCACCUCUGCCCCCCUGGAGGUGGUGGGCAAGGCGGACCUGCUGGCGGGCAAGGGCGAGCCCGGCUCGGCGGCGGCGGAGCUGGCGGACGACAAGGACAAGGCGGCGGAGGAGAAGAAGGCGGCGGGCGACGGGGGCAAGGAGGGCGAGGGCGGCAAGGAGGGCGAGAAGAAGAACGGCAAGUACGAGAAGCCGCCGUUCAGCUACAACGCGCUCAUCAUGAUGGCCAUCCGGCAGAGCCCCGAGAAGCGCCUCACGCUGAACGGCAUCUACGAGUUCAUCAUGAAGAACUUCCCUUACUACCGGGAGAACAAGCAGGGCUGGCAGAACUCCAUCCGCCACAACCUCUCGCUCAAUAAGUGCUUCGUCAAGGUGCCCCGCCACUACGACGACCCGGGCAAAGGGAACUACUGGAUGUUGGACCCUUCCAGCGACGACGUCUUCAUCGGGGGCACCACGGGCAAGCUCCGCCGGAGGUCCACCACGUCGCGGGCCAAGCUGGCCUUCAAGCGGGGCGCCCGCCUCACCUCCACCGGACUGACAUUCAUGGAUAGGGCAGGAUCUUUGUAUUGGCCCAUGUCCCCUUUCCUCUCCCUGCACCACCCCCGGGCCAGCAGCACUUUGAGUUACAAUGGCACCACGUCCGCCUACCCCAGCCACCCCAUGCCCUACAGUUCAGUGUUGACUCAAAACUCCUUGGGAAACAACCACUCCUUUUCCACGUCGAAUGGGUUAAGUGUUGAUAGACUAGUCAAUGGAGAGAUACCUUACGCCACUCAUCACCUCACAGCAGCAGCGCUGGCCGCCUCAGUGCCAUGUGGCUUGUCAGUCCCCUGCUCUGGCACCUAUUCCCUGAACCCUUGCUCCGUGAACCUUCUCGCUGGCCAGACCAGUUACUUUUUCCCCCACGUCCCUCACCCUUCAAUGACUUCUCAAAGCAGCACUUCAAUGACGGCCAGGGCAGCCUCCUCCUCCACGUCUCCGCAGGCGCCCUCCACUCUCCCCUGUGAGUCCUUAAGACCUUCUUUGCCAAGUUUUACAACGGGACUGUCCGGAGGACUUUCUGAUUAUUUCACACAUCAAAAUCAGGGGUCUUCUUCAAACCCUUUAAUACAUUAACCUCCAUGGGAGCAGACUGUAAGUGAACAUUUUACACACAUUUGCAUUGUACAUGAGAAUUAAAAGAGAGAGAGAGAGAGAGAGAAACAAACAAACAAACAAACAAAAAACAAAACAAAAAAGUCCAGGUAUUUUUUAUUAAGUCCCCCAUUUUCUGUACGUUUGUUCAGUCUUUAGGGUUGUUUAUUAUUCCAGCGAGGGGAGGAGCGUCAGCAAGGUGCAAUGUGGGGAGAGGACAUUGUAGACUAUGAAGUUUGGAAGUCAAAAUGAUAGUAGAAUGUGUAUCUAAAUAGUGACUGCUUUUGCAAUUUUUAUUCAGCUAUGACAAGCCUAUCACUAAAACCGCCAGUUUCCAUGUUUGCAGUAUUAUAAGUUAUCAUGGAUAUGUUGGUGGAUGCAGACCUUGGGAAGGAAAAAAAAUAAAAAAGCCCACUAAAUUUAUGAAACCCAUUAAAAUUCAAAUGUGAUUUGUAUUUAAGCAGAUUGAAUAGUGAAAGAUGCCCAAAAGCUACAUUUUGGCCAUUUAUGAUUUUGUCCUUUUCUUUAAUGAACUGAUUUUUAUUUUUAUUUUUGGUUCCGUUUUGUUUUGUUUACUUUUAGACCAAAGAUUGGGUUUUAGAAAAUGCACUCAGUGUACUAAGUAAUUUAAAGCAACAACAGCAUUGUUUCAGUUUGCAGCACUGCCCGUUCAAAUGAAUCAGAAGGGGACAAAAUUAAUGAUUGCCUUCAGUUUGUGUUGUGUAUAUUUUGAUGUAUGUGGUCACUAACAGGUCACCUUUAUUUUUUUUCUAAAUGUAGUGAAAUGUUAAUACCUAUUGUACUUAUAGGUAAACCUUGCAAAUAUGUAACCUGUGUUGCGCAAAUGCCGCAUAAAUUUGAGUGAUUGUUAAUGUCGUCUUAAAAUUUCUUGAUUGUGAAUACUGUGGUCAUAUGCCCGUGUUUGUCACUUACAAAAAUGUUUACUAUAAACACACAGAAAUAAAAAAAUAGGCUAAAUUCAUAUAUACUC